UGCGGGAGGAGAAAGCCCGCACCGCAUGGGGAUCAUCCUCGACCCCGCACACGUCCUCCGAGACGGGCCGGAGGAGGGUUGGAUUUGUGGAUGGAGCCGGCCGCAGCCAAACAUCCAUUUCGGCAGCAUUGAAGGGGGAUUCUCAAAUCCCUACUUCAGCUCGGACGACGCACACGCGGAAUGUGAAGGGCGGCCUUGUUUCCGGGCGAGAGUUAUCCAACGGCUUUGAUCGACUGGUUCUUUUAACAACGGAUAAUAAUUCAAGCACCAAAACAAUUUGGCACAAAGUCACAGGUCCGCCAUACCGACUGCGUGCGUGUUGGUGCGAUCCACGCGAUGUGGCGAUGCCGUACGGGAGUAUAUUGCACUACCACUGUAAGCACGAACCAACGGGAGGGGAUAUGGGUGAAAUUGGCACCAAUGGCAAACCGCUGGAACACAAAAAUCCGUCCACUCGAGCCAAUACGCGAAGAGUGUUGCAACGCAUUUUGAGAAGUUCGCCCAAAGAAGGUAAUGAAGGGAAAAAAAUCGUAUACAACGGUUGUAAGGCAACAAGUCAUCGUUGUGAGUCUAUCGGUUUCUACGGUAGUUCAAAACCAGACAGAAGUUCCGUAUUUUUCUUUGCGAGUCCACAUCCAAUGCAUGCAAUUUUUGCUGAGCCGGCUUUGGGUGCCCGUUGA